AUGGCCUGCCUGCUGGGCGUGAUACAGUAUGGAAUGGUCUAUGUGUUCGCUGUGAUUGCAGAUGACAUGGAGUCCUACUAUGAUCUCAAGGAGGGUGACGGAACAGAGCUCUUUGAUAUGCUCAACUUCGGUGCCUGUGCAUUGUCAUUUGUGCCGGGCUUGCUCUAUGAUUACUACGGGGCAACCGUUGCAAUGACCAUCGGCACCAUCAUCGGCGUCUUGCCUAUCAUCGGCCAAUUAGACUGGUCGAAGAUCUUCCCUUCCUUGGACACCUUGACAGGCCUGAAGGUGAGCUAUGCUAUUUUUGGCAUGGCGGAGGCUUUUUUCAGCACCAUCGCGACAUUUGCGCCUUUGGAAGCGUUCCCUGUUCAGUAUGUGGGGGCGGUCUCCGCAGCAGUUCAGGUCAGCACAUCGCUGGGUGCCAGCAUUCAAUCCGAAGUGUACGUGCUCCUGAAGGCCAACUUUACGAACUUCGUGCAAGUCUACUAUACCUACAUGCUUGUUUGCACCGUCGUAUGUGGUGGUCUCAUGAUAUGCGCUUUCUGGGAGAACAGCAAGCUGUUGCACAGAAGCAAGUCGACUGUGGCAGACGACUUGGAACAAUGCAGCUUACAGUCUUCUCUGUUCAGCAUGAAUUUCCUGUACAUGUGCUUACUCUUCUUGCUUGGAGUGGGUUUUGUGUUCAGCUACUUGGAUGCUGCAGGCGACAUCAAUGCAGCUGCUGGUUUGCCCGCCUCGCGAGCGACGUUAACGUUUGGUAUCUACGGUGCACUUGCGCGAGUUGUGGCCAACUGCGCGUUGGACUACACUCGCAGCAAGCCCAAUGGAGGUCCGUUGACAUACAUUGCGCUGUCACUGCUCUCGCUUGCUGCAGGCUUAGCGGUGGCUGGGACGGCUUCUGAUCCGGACACAACGUCUGUUCAUGUCAUGAACCUGUUCUGCAGCCUGGGUGCUGGGGGCUUGCUCGGUGUUACACCACCCGCAUUGAGGCUGCUAUUUGGAUCUGGAUCUUUGGGUAUCAUCUACGGGCUGCUCUACCUCCUCACUGCUUUCGGCAUUCCUACUUGGGGCCUACUGCUUCCCAGCCGGGGAUGUACCACGGGAUGCUUCAGAGCUUAUUGCCGCACAGGUGCUGCUCUUUUUCCAGUUCUUGCCCUAGGCGCAUUGCUUCUCGGGCGAGGAGACGAUGCUUCACGAGGUGGUUGA